AUGUCCGUCCCUCCGAAUACCAUCAAUACAAACCCCACCAUCCAUUCCAUCGCCGACCGUAUCAAAACCGGCCAAAUCACCCGAAUCAUUACUAGCACCACUAAAACUGCCCUACCCGGAAGCAAUCUUCCACAUAAACUACUUCUCCCACUCCCCGAACCAUUCUACGCCAUCGCACGAGCCCGCCAUCCAACAACUCUAAAACCAACCCUUUCCCACGCAUUCCUAGCCCUCCUAGCAAAGAAAAACAUCCUUCAUUUCCUAUUUACCCAAAAUAUCGACGGCCUUGAAGAAGAUGCCGGCGUGCCCGCGGAAAAGAUACUAUGGACACAUGGUAAUUGGAAAAGUCAACACUGCUACAAAUGCAAGGCCGAGUACCCGGACGAUCUGAUGCAAAAAGCAAUCAACGCCAGUGAUGUGCCCUAUUGUCUCGCACCCAAGUGCGGGGGAGCUAUAAAGCCCGAUGUGGUUUUCUUUGGCCAAAGUUUACCGAAGGAAUUCGAUGAGAAGGUGAAACUUAUUCCUGAGGCUGAUUUGAUGCUGGUUAUGGGGACUAGUUUGCGAGUUGCGCCUUAUCUGGUGAUAUGGGGAAUCGGGAUGGGGAUGUUUGUGUUUUGGGGAAUUGUGAUGAGGGGGGUUUGUGAGUUUGCGGAGGCAUUGGGUUGGCGUGAUGAGCUUGAGGUUCUUUGGAAGGAGGCUGUUGCUGCUAAGGCUAAGAUUGAUGGAGGUGGAGGUGGAGGUGAAGAUGGUCCGGACCUGGAUGCUUGUAUUGCUAAGAUGGCUGCGCAGAUGGAUGAGCGGUUGGGUAUUUCGAAGGGUCAUAAGAAGAUGUUGGAGAAUCAUCUUGGUGAUAAAUUUGCGAAGAUGAUGGCUGAAGGCGAAGCAGUAUUCGUCUCCCAUGCGCAGAUACCAGACUACAUGCCCAGCACACCGGCCGGAACCGACGGAGAAAUCGCGUUAUUGUACUCCACAACCUCAACACCAGCCAACACAUCCGACGAAUGCGAUAUCGCAAUGUAUGACGAAUUCCUACACCAACCGCCCGGGAUUACCGUUGAGGAUGGAACGGUGUUUCGAAUGAUUGAUUUACAACCUGGAAAGGUGACGCCGAUGCAUAGGACUGUUAGUCUUGAUUAUGGGAUUGUGCUUGAGGGAGCUGUUGAUCUUGUGUUGGAUUCGGGGGAGGUUAGACGAUUGGGGAGGGGGGGAUGUUUGUGUUCAGCGGGGAACGGCGCAUUCGUUUAG